AUGCGUGCAUUCGUAGUUGCUUCCAUACUGUGCGUUGGCUUUGUGUCGGCGUACCCGCAGCAGGCCGUCGAUCCGGCAUAUCUGCGCCAGUACUAUCAGCAGAUCGCUCAGGCUGCCGGAGCUCAGAACUCGGCACAGGGCCGUGCUGAUGCUACGCCCAUCUACGAGCAGGGUGCUCAGGAACAGCAACACAUCCCUCAGUACCUACCGCAGGGCCAGCAGCUCCGUCUGAAGGAUAAUGUGCACGAACAGGUCCAGCGUACUCAGUACCAGCAACCUCAGGCUAGACAGUACCAGCCCCAGUACCAGCCUCAGCAGAUCCAGUACGUCCAAGAGCAGCAGUACCAGCAGCCGCAGCCGCAGCCCCAGCCACAGCUGAAAGUAUCCAAGCCCCGACCACAGUACCUGCAGGGAGGUCAAAAGCAGCAGCUGGAAGAAGACCAGGAGGACUAUGACCCCAAUCCUUCCUACCAGUUCGGUUUCGACGUGAAGGACGACGAAUUCACCAACUACCAGAACCGCAAGGAGCAGCGUGACGGUAACGUGAUCAAGGGCAGCUACUCCGUCGUUGACUCCGAUGGUUUCAUCCGUACCGUCACCUACACUGCCGACCCGAAGGAAGGCUUUAAAGCCGAAGUUAGCCGCCAGCCGACCGACAUCGUGGUGAAGAUCCCGACGCCCGCCCCACAGUCGGCGCACGAACGUUUCGCUAGUCAGCCCCAGUCGAACGGUGCGUACCGUGUGCAGCAGCAGCAGCCUCAACAGCAGGCUCAGCAGCGACCGAGACCGCAGGAGUACUCGCAGUACCAGUAA